UAUUGAGAAGCGCUCGCUCUCUGUUUACUUAUCACACGCGAUUUCAGUUGACGGAAUUUCGGAUGCGACAGAGCAAUGAAGCAGAAUUUCGGAAAACGGGUGUUCAAGAAGAAAAUACUUCGGAAGAAAAACGGGGAAUUCAUUUCUAGGCGUCCAAAAAGAGAAUCAGAGCAGCUGAAUCUACUGGGAGAUUUUAUCGCGAACCGGCUGUCCGCUGCAGGAGUGUCUCAUGCAGUGAAGGCCCCCUCGCCACUCAGGAGAGCUUUCUGGCUCCUCAUCGUGCUAUUGAUGGGCAUGGGUAUGGCCUAUAUGACCUACAGAGUGCUACAGGAGUACCUUGCUUAUCCAACUGUCAUGCGCUCUAAAAUUUUCGCAGUCAAAGAUUUAGAGUUCCCUGCAGUCACUGUGUGUUCAUUGAAUCUUGUUCCGAAACUCUUUGCCAAGGAAGCAGGCCUGGAAUACAUGGAAGAACUGGAGAGAGUCCUGGAUUCUUUACCGUUGUAUAACAUUUCCAGCAUCGAGAAAACUAGGUGUUUGAAGGAUCCUCUGUGCUACUGGUCUUGGUUUGCCGAUGAAUGCUUUUGCAGUAAAAAUCCUUGUGAAACUCUCUACUGCUAUCCAGACCUCAAUAAAUCAGACGAAGUAUGUGCAUGUUCCAUGCUACUCUGCCAAUGGAAUGGAACUUCAGAUGCUUGUCUCAUUGCCCAGGAUCAUACCGGCGGAGUGCAGUGCCUUUGCAAGUACUCUUUCGAGUACCCGCUUCACAGAUCACCGCCCGAACGGAAGCCAUGCGAAGGUCCCUGCAACACGAUCGAGCAGCCCGAGCUCCGCGAGGCAAUUGACUCCCUACAGACAUCCGCCGAUGCCUCUGUUCUCCUCAAGAGACUGAAGGCAUCUACCACCGACGACGUGAGAGACAUGGAGCGGUUCUACAUCCCAGGAGUGGACGUCACCAACAACUACGGGAUGCCUUAUGACAAUCUCAUUCUGUCCUGUAGUUACGGACCAGAGCCUUGCCGAGAUAUAGUAACUCUAUAUAGUCCGACAUACGGAAAGUGUUACAUGUUUAACUACGUCGGGGAUUCUAACGACAAAGACACUCCCGUCAAAAUCGCAAAACAACCCGGAAGGAUGCACGGUCUGCAGCUAUACCUGCAAGCUCGGAAGCAAGAUACUUUGCCUCUUUUAUCUAAAGAUCUGGGAGUGCGAAUCGUAGUACACGACCCCCGUAGCAUUCCCAUAGCAUCGGAAAAUGGAAUCGACAUUCGCCCAAGAGACAUGGCUUCCAUCAGUCUAGAAUACUUAGAGAUCAACAGAUUGGGACAGCCGUGGGGAAUAUGCGCAGCAGAUGGGCAAGUUUUACCCAACAACUAUUCUGGCAAUCCUUACAUCCAGUCUGAAUGCGAGAGUUUCUGCAUCAAUGAGGAAAUAUUUCGACGUUGCCACUGCUACCAUCCACGCUAUCUAUCAGCUGUCGUGGCACCUCGGCCAAAGAUCAUCUGUGCGACGAACGACAGCAACAGCGUAGACCGUUGUUUUUUAUCCGUGGUGCACGACACGGAUAACGGGACUGUGGAGUGCAACUGCCCGCCCGCCUGUAGGGAGAAAACAUACCAGUUGACCACCUCAGCCAGCCAACUCAAUCCAGAUUUUUUCCGCAUCGUCAAAAAAGCAAAGUCACUGAAAACGAAGGACGGAAGAGUUUCGGUUACAAACUCUGAUGUUGAUUUCAGUUUGAUGGGGGUGCAAAUUUUUUACAACUCCUUUUUUAUUUCCCAUGUGAAUGAAACGGCCAUUUACAGCUGGGAAUCCUUAAUAGCAAACAUCGGAGGCAACAUGGGCCUCUUUUUAGGGCUCUCUCUCGUGACGAUCGUGGAAGUGUUCGAAUUUGUCGUCGACUUGGUGAAGAAACUAAUCGCCCCCAAGAACAAGGAUGCUUUCAAAAGUAAAAUAAAUGUAGAAAAUUUUUGA